GAUACGCUCCUCGCUUAUCAACCUCUAACACCAUGCACUGAGGCAGACAAUCGUUGCUCAUGAGUACCAGUACCACUCUCGCUGUUUCUGAGACCAUCUGGCUCUGUCCACGACCGCUCGCUCGCUCUCCAGGGAGAUUCCCACUCAUCCCUCUUCUGCCGGACAAACCGGCACGCGCUUUCUUGCCGUCUGAGCUCUGGGAGUGCGUACUGGAAUAUGUCUUCGCUCAAUACAACGCGCAGGACGCUGGGCCGGAGCAGGAUGUCGUGGCUAUGAAACUGGGGCUCCUGCGGGUCUCGAAGUCAUUCAAUGCUGUCGCAUUGCCGCUGUUCUAUGCAUUCAUUCAAGCUCCAUCUCUGCGCGUGCUCGAAAAGCUUGCAGCUCGUCUGCACGCCGCCGACAAGACCUGGGAUUCCAUCCGGCGAAUCCCUUAUUCCGCGCCGGGACGGUGGAUCCACACCCUCAAUUUGGAGCAUCUCCGAUGCACGUCUUCGGAGGACGUACUACAGCUGGACACGGUGCUGAACAAGUUGUUCCCCGUUGUUCCGUUCUUGACCGACCUCAUCCUUAACCCGCACGCUGUGCUCAGUCGUCGCGCUUUGUCCAGCUUGACGCAUCGUGAUGGUAUCCAGAACAUGCGGUCACUGAGAAGUAUCCAACUCACCACGUCUAUGAGAACCGAGGAGGAUCUCUUCGUUGAACUCCUCAGAGCCUGCACCAGGUUAGAAGAGCUGGAGAUCAUGGGCACGGGUAUCGACCAGAGCGAGCUUUCUUCGCUCGAUACCCGUCCCGUCGAGCCACCAACCUUCUAUCCGCUCCGUCUCCCCUUCCUGCGCAAACUCGUCGCGCUCUCCAUGCCCUCCUCUCCCGUGCUGUUCGCACUGCUGUACUCUCCCCUCCCUGCCCUACGGCAUCUCACCCUGACGCCUUACGACGAAGUAUCAGUUCCGGGAUGCCUCGUCCCCCGAUUCCUUGCCGUACAUGGGCAACACCUCACAUCUCUACACCUCUAUACCGUGAAGCAGUGGCCGACCAUCCUCUUUCCCACCCCCGGGACCCUCCUCGACAUAUGUCCUGCUCUGAAGCACGUGUCGCUUGAGCUCCCUCUCCCCACCCUCACGCUUUCGCAAGCAGAGCAGCAUCACCUCGAGAUCCUAUCCAUCCCCAGACCCAAGCCCGAAUAUUUCGUCGUCCUGGAGAAGCUGCUGCCUAAGCUCCCGCGGCUGAGGUUCGUUCGGGCGCGUGAUGUCAAGUGGCUCAGAAACGGCAUGUCGACUAAGGCGCAGCAGGCGGGUGUGCAGGGCGAGAUGUUGCUCUGGAGACGCAAGCUGGGCCGACGAGGCAUCCAGUUGCUUGAUGCGGAGUGGAACCCUGGCACGGAAGGCACUUAACCACAUGUACGCUUGUCUCACCUUUAUUUGUUCCAAGAUCCGGAGGACCUCAAGGAUUUAGCUUACUACCAGAUUUAUGUAAGUCGAUUGACCUGUUGUACUCAUCAGCGCAUUGUUGUACGCGACUCCCCGCUCUCUCCACAAUGUAGCAUGGUCACCUACGCUCGAAUGUCUCCUGACGGAAUAUGCGUUAGGUGAACGCUCUCAACCGUGCUUGACUACCGAUGACGUUUUACGAAUAGCGUCUCCGACAUGUCAAAUUCAAUAAUAUCAUUGUCUGAC